AUGGAAGUAACCAGAGACCAUCUCGGUCUUACUCUUCCCCUGUUCCUCUUCCUGCUCCUGUCUCCUGGAGCCUCGGUAACCGGCGUAUCCGAUCUGCUCAACGAGGGCAGCAACAUCACCGACGGCAACACGCUGGUCUCAGCCGAUGGGUCGUUCAUCCUGGGCUUCUUCUCUCCCGGGGUGUCCACCAACAGAUACCUCGGGAUAUGGUUCUCCGUGUCCAACACCACCGUCUGCUGGGUGGCGAACCGUGAAAGGCCCCUGAACAGCACGGCGGGGGUUCUGGUGUUCAGCGACACCGGAAACCUUCUCCUGCUUGAUGGCUCAGGCCAGACCGUAUGGACAUCCAACUCCACCACGAGGGCAGCUCCUAGGGUUGCGCAGCUUCUUGAAUCCGGCAACCUGGUCAUCCGUGAACAAGCCGGCCACACCACCGUGUGGCAAUCGUUCGAUUAUCUGUCCGACACGCUGCUUCCUGGUAUGAAGAUGGGCAAGAACCGAUGGACAGGGUCCGAGUGGUACCUCUCGUCGUGGCGUUCAGCCGACGACCCGUCUCCGGCCUAUCGGUUCGUCACGGAGGUGAACGGGCUUCCGGAUAACACCCUCUGGGACGGGAGCACCAAAGUCUACCGCACAGGGCCCUGGAACGGACUGCGGUUCAGCGGCACCACGGAGGACGCGAGCUACACCAGCAUGUUCAAGUUCGUCGUGACCAUCAACGACGGGGAGGUAACCUUCGGGUACACGGCGACACCCGGCACGCCCCCUUCCCGCAUCGUGGCGACGUCCACCGGCUUUGUCAAGCGGCUGGUAUGGGAGGCGAGCGCGCAACGAUGGGAGACCUUCUUGAAGGGGCCGAGGGACGUCUGCGACGCCUACGCUAUGUGCGGGCCGUUCGGCCUCUGCAACGCCAACGCUCCUUCGACGUCCUUCUGCAGCUGUCCCAGGGGCUUCACCCCGGCGUCCCCCGCGGAGUGGGACCUGAGGGAGAACUCGGGUGGAUGCCGGCGAAGUGCGGCGCUAGACUGCGCCCAAGGGAACGAGGGCGCCAGCACCAGCAGCACGGACGGGUUCAUGGUGCUCCAGGGCGUGAAGCUCCCCGACACGUUCAACGCAUCGGUGGAUGCGAGCACCACGGUGGAGGAGUGCAGGGCCAGGUGCUUUGCCAACUGCUCCUGCGUGGCCUAUGCCCCUGCUGAUAUCAAGGUAGGUGCUGUCGCUGGGUGCAUCAUCUGGACAGGAAACAUCACCGACCUACGCUACGUGGAUGGAGGGCAGGCUUUGUACAUGAGGCUGCCAAAGUCUGAACUAGCAACGUGUGGAAAUUGUCUAGCUUUGUACUACAUCUCAUAUGGUCAGAGUCUUUCAGAUGCUACCGACCCCGCUGCUAGUCGUCGAGAUCGUGCUUCGACUGUCGGGUCGGUCCCUGCAGCUGAUCCAUCUACUAUGAUUGAAGCCACGGAAGAAUUUUCCGAAGCCGGCAUAUGUGUCCCUGCAGUAGAUCUGCCUUCUAUAAAGGCGGCCACAGACGAUUUUUCUGAUAGCAAUAUCAUUGGCAAAGGCGGAUUUGGCGUGGUUUACAAGGCCCGAUUAAAUGGUGAUGUCGUCGCUGUAAAAAGACUUAGACCAUCUGGCCGUACGGAAAAAGGCAAGAAUGACUUCACAAGAGAAGUCGAGGUGAUGUCAAGGGUCACGCAUAUAAAUCUUGUGAAACUAGUUUCCUACUGCCAGGAAGAAGACGAGUGGAUACUAGUCUACGAGUACAUGCCCAACAAAAGUUUGAGCCCCUACAUAUUUGAAAACUCAUCACCCCGUCCAUCGUUGACUUGGUUUCAAAGGCUAGAGAUAAUCCGUGGUAUUGCGAUAGGUGUUGAGUACCUUCACAACAAGGAAGUCAUCCACAGAGAUCUUAAGUUGCCGAACAUACUCUUGGAUCACGAGCUAAAGCCUAAGAUAGCGGACUUCGGCACCGCAAAGCUAUUUAUUGAUGAUCAGACGAACCCAACAUUAGUACAAACACCGGGAUACAUUGCUCCAGAGUAUGCAAGGGAAGGCAACCUGACGCUCAAGUGUGACGUAUACAGUUUUGGAGUGGUCUUGCUAGAGAUAGUCUCUGGCAAAAAGAUCACUUCCGCAAAAACGUUUCUUCUUGAUGCAUGGAGGUAUUGGAACAAAGGAAAAAUCAAGGCCCUUCUUGAUUCGCAGGUGGCUGAACCUAACCAUCAGCUCUCGUUGGAUCUAUCCAGGGUUAUCCAGAUCGGGCUUCUCUGCGUUCAACCAAUGCCCAAUGACAGGCCUACCAUGCCAGAGGUGGUCGUAAUGCUAACUGACAGCAGUUCAUGGCUCGCUAGGCCCAAGAAGCACGAGUUUAAUGGCUAUAUGUCACAAUGA